AUGGGUGAACAGCUCUCCGAGGAGCAGAUAUCCGAGUUCAAGGAGGCCUUCAGCUUGUUCGACAAGGACGGUGAUGGUGAGAUCCCUAUCGGCGUUCCUUCUGUCAUCCCUUUUCUUUCCAUCGUCUGUUCGUCAAGCUAGGUCUGUUUUCCGCGUUUGUCAUAGUAAGUGUUGGACCUGAUAUCUGGUCUUCUGGGCUCCUUUCUGGCGUUGGAUUGUUUCCCGUCACUGGCAUGUGAUGAACGUCGGCCCGAAGCUCAUCGUUUUUCGCCUUACCUGUGUCAUUUGUUUGUAGGAUCUCCCUUCAUUAUUAAAGUUUUUACUGGAACGAGUCCUUAUGCUUCACUUAGAGAAACGAUAUUAUUGAGUAUGGAGCUUGCUAAUUUGUUUUCUUACUCCAGUUUAUAUUUUAAUGCAUUUAUGGAUAAUUGCACUCCAGAUUAAAUUUCUGGCUAUCUUCUAAUUGAGUUUUUGCCCGGUUCUCACUUCGAAGGUUGUUUUACUUUCUCGUCAAAUGAUUGGAUAAGUCCGGAGUUUUGGAUUGUAAUUUCCUUAUUGAUCUUUGUGGCUUAUUUCUCUAGUUGUAUCGUUCCCCGAAAAUUUUCAUAUCGGUGUUAUCUUUUUCUAAAUUCCUCUCAUAAGUCAGGAAUACGGGAAAGGGUCUCUUGGGAGUCCAGCAAGCAAAAAUAUUGAAUUGAUCGACUCAGUUGAUUGGGAUAGUAGCGGUCAGCGACAUAGGAAUGGGGAUGGGAUUAGGAUGGGCCGUGAGAAGAAGUCGGGUCUGAUUUGACCGAGUCUUCAUGCGUUAAACUUACUGUUCUGUAAAGGCAUUGUCAUCAUAAUUUAUGACACGGCUUCCAAAACCUUGACCCCAGAAAACAUCGUUAGAGAUAUUUCAUGGUUGACUCUGCGUCUCUAUGGCAUAAAGUGCUUCAACAGGAGUCGCAACAUAAUGCUCUGAUGCCCCCAGUCAUGCUUCGAUUUCUUGUUGAAUCCAUCUAUUUGAAAUGUGAGUGAUAUUUCCUGCAUUAGUGUCUUCCUCCCGUGCAUCCACAAUGGCGAUUAAACAGUUAGAUUCUUCCUUAAAAAUGUAUAAUUCUGCCGUUUUGAUCUUAAAGCUCUUUGAUCUUUAGGUGACUGUGAUUUUCUCUUUACCUGCUAGCAGUUUGUCUGUAUUAUGUAAUUCGUCUGCUUUUAUGGUAAACCUGGAGUAGUUCUCGCUCAACGGCAGCAAGAUCUUGGGGCUGAUUCAGAGUGUACCCACAUAGCAAUCUCAUUCUUAGAAAUCGUAUCUUAACCGAAACAGUAAAAUUGAUGCGACUAUAAAUCCAUCACCUGGAGCCUACGACUUGAGACAGUGAGGCUGUUACCGCAUAAGCCACUUGGUUACAGCUGAAUUGUUUAGAUCAGUGACUGGCUCACUUUGCCAAUCUAGCGUUAUUUUCAUUGCUUCCAUCCGCAUCAUUUAGGAACUCCCGGGUGGGGUCAUCUCUUAAUCUGAGACACUUUUAUUUGUGAAACCCAUCAAAUUAAAAAAAAGGCAUUAAAAAAAUGUCCUCUGUUUGUUCCUGCAUUUAUUUAUUUAUUUAUUUAUUUUUCUUGAUUUGGGUGGGUGGAUCAAUUCGUCUUUCAGGUUGCAUCACCACCAAGGAACUGGGGACGGUGAUGCGAUCCCUGGGCCAGAACCCCACCGAGGCCGAGCUCCAAGACAUGAUCAACGAGGUGGACGCCGAUGGGAAUGGCACCAUCGACUUCCCAGAGUUUCUGAACCUGAUGGCUCGGAAGAUGAAGGACACCGACUCCGAGGAGGAGCUGAAAGAGGCCUUCCGGGUGUUCGACAAGGACCAGAACGGCUUCAUCUCCGCCGCCGAGCUCCGCCACGUGAUGACCAACCUCGGCGAGAAGCUCACCGACGAGGAGGUCGACGAGAUGAUCCGCGAGGCCGACGUCGACGGCGACGGCCAGAUCAAUUACGAGGAGUUCGUCAAGGUCAUGAUGGCCAAGUAA